UAAAAAACCCAAAGAGAAGAGAAGAGAGGAGAGGAGCAGAUUGAUUGAUUUUGGGAGAGAUGGGGAAAGUGAAGGGAAAGCAUAGGUUGGACAAAUACUACCACUUCGCCAAGGAACACGGCUACAGAUCGCGUGCGGCUUGGAAACUCGUUCAGCUCGACUCCAAAUUCCGCUUCCUCAACUCCUCCCGCUCCGUCCUCGAUCUCUGCGCCGCCCCGGGAGGAUGGAUGCAGGUCUGCGUCGAGCGCGUCCCCGUCGGCAGCCUCGUUGUCGGCGUCGAUCUCGAUCCCAUUCGCCCUGUACGUGGCGCUGUCUCGCUGCAGGAGGAUAUCACCGACCCCAAGUGCAGAGCCGCCGUCAAGCGGGUCAUGGCGGAGAACGCUUGCUCGGCCUUCGACCUCGUCUUGCACGAUGGCUCGCCCAACGUCGGCGGCGCCUGGGCCAAGGAGGCCACCAGCCAGAACGCCUUGGUUAUCGACUCCGUGAAGCUUGCCACGGAGUUGUUGGCCCCUAAAGGAAAUUUUGUCACCAAGGUAUUCAGGUCCCAAGACUAUACUGCCGUGUUGUAUUGCCUUAGACAGCUAUUUGAAAAGGUUGAAGUAGACAAACCUGCAGCUAGUAGAUCAGCAUCGGCUGAAAUUUAUGUUCUAGGCCUUAAAUAUAAGGCACCUUCUAAGAUUGAUCCUCGACUUCUGGACUUUAAGCAUUUGUUUCAGGGAGGAAAGGAGCCUCCAAAGGUUGUGGAUGUGCUGAGAGGGACAAAACAGAAACGCCACCGUGAUGGGUAUGAGGAUGGUGACACAACUUUGAGAAAGUUGAGCACAGCAUCUCAGUUUAUUUGGUCUGACAACCCUCUUGAAAUCCUCGGUUCAGUCACUUCUAUAACCUUCGACGAUCCUGAUUCUUUGCCUUUAAAAGAUCAUACACAAACAAGUGAAGAGGUUAAAGCUCUAUGUGAUGAUCUACGUGUUUUAGGGAAGCAAGACUUUAAGCAUCUUCUAAAAUGGCGCAUACUUAUGCGGAAAGCUCUUUCUCCAUCCGAGAAGACUACUUCUGCUCCCUCCACUGUUGAAGAAGAGAGCAAGAUUGAUGAAGAUGAGAAACUACUUAAUGAAAUGGAAGAGCUAACUAAUGCCAUGGACCGGAAGAAGAAAAGGGGAAAGAAACUUAUAGCUAGAAGACUAGCCAAGGACAAAGCUCGGAAAGCAUUAGGGAAACAGAUGGAUGCAAUUGAAGAUGGUUACAUUGAUAUGGAGCUGUUUUCUCUAUCCUCCAUUAAGGAGAAGAAAGAUCUUGUGGCUGUUGAUAAUAAUGAAUUUGAUGAUGAUGCCGGUGAAGUUGGGAACAGUGAAAGUGAAAGCCAAGAUGAUACUGAAGAAAGCUCACAUAGUGAUUUGGAUUCUGAGGAGGAAAGAAAGCGGUACGAUGAACAAGUGGAAAACUUACUUGAUGAAGCAUAUGAAAGAUUUUUGACUAAAAAAGAUGGAAGUUCAAAACAGAGGAAGCGGUCAAAGCAAGAUUACAAGGAUGAUCAACUCUUGGAGGGUGACGAUGAUACAGUGUUGCAUUCGGAUCAAGACUCGGACAAUGAAAAGGGCGAUCGUGAAGCAAAUCCUCUCAUGGUACCACUAGCAGAAGAUGCACCAACUCAAGAGGAAAUUGCAGCUAAAUGGUUUAGUCAGGAUGUGUUCAUGGAUGGAGAUGAACACAAGAAAUUAGAUAAUGAUGACAGUGAAGAUGAAAUGCAGGUUGAUUUGCCAGUUGAACGCCCCAGAGUUUCAGCGAAGAAAAUAGAAGUUUCUCCUGAGCAGCGUGUUCGUCAGAAGAAGGCAGACAAGGUAGAUGAUGGUUUUGAAGUAGUGCCUGCCCCAGCUACAGAUUCAGAUGAUUCUUCAUCUGAUGAGUCAGACGAUGAUGAUAGCAUUGAAACAAAGGCAGAAAUACUGGCUUGUGCUAAAAAGAUGCUAUCGAAGAAGCAGAGGGAACAUAUGAUAGAUGAUGCUUACAACAAGUACAUGUUUCACGAUGAUGGGCUGCCCAAGUGGUUCCUGGAUGAGGAAAAGAAGCAUCGUGUGCCAGUCAAACCCGUGACAAAGGAAGAGAUAGCUGCAAUGAAAGCACAAUUUAAAGAAAUCAAUGCUCGGCCUGCUAAGAAGGUAGCAGAAGCCAAAGCCCGUAAGAAACGAGCUGCCUAUAAGAAACUAGAGAAGGUCCGGAAAAAGGCUAAUACUAUAUCAGAUCAGGCCGACAUAUCCGAUCGUUCCAAGGGAAGAAUGAUAGAAUCCCUCUACAAGAAGGCAACCGCAACAAGGAAACCACAGAAGGAGUAUGUGGUAGCGAAGAAGGGUGUCCAAGUUAAGGGUGGCAAGGGGAAGGUCGUCGUUGAUCGACGAAUGAAAAAGGAUGCGAGGAAGAAGGGAAUGGGCAAAAAUGGCAAAGACAAGAAGGGGGGGAAGCAGAAAGGUAAAGGGUCGUCUACCAAGGGUUCGGGAAAAGGAAAGGGAAAGUUUACCAAAUCCAGGUAGAGAAAGGAGUUUUAAUCUCAAGUAUUUAGAGAAAGGGAAAGCUCUCACCCAUAUUAGAUGCCGGGGAUCAAGAAUUCCUAUGUUUAAAGUGGGGUUCCAUUUUUGUUGAAAUUUUUGCGUUACUUAUUUGUCUGUACCGACUUUUGAUAAUUAUUUAAUUUAAUUACUGCUGUUAUAAAAACGUUUAACUUUUUUGGCUA